UUUUGUUGUUGAAGUGAUUUUAAAGUGGGCGAACGUAAACCUUUUUAUUGGCGGUCGUAAAUUUCGGAAAAUUUCAAAGUUAAAUCGCAAGGCUUCGGGAUUUAUGGGUGAAAAUUUCUAGGGCGUCGCUUGUGGGUCACGUUUUUCAAGAUGGAUUACACGAACAUUCCCUACCAACAGCAGCCGUCCUAUCCGGUGAUCCAUCACUCUGAUUCUGGAAUCCUGAACCAGGUUCUCCUCAACCAGCAAUCAAUGAUGGCCAAUCAGACGAAAAUGAUGCAAACUUUAACCGAACUAGAAUCCCGCCUGGAAAGUCUGGCCGAAGCCGUAAAAGCCGCAAAUUCAAAUCCCACCGCCAUUCAAACCGACCUGCUCACUCCGGUGGUGACGAUGGACGAGUCCGUGCACACCCAGACGAUGGUCGUUAGUCCCGUCAAUUCCCUGCUGGAGUUGAACGAGCUGGAACGACGACUGCAGGACGAAAAAGUCAUGAACUCUUACUUGGAGGGGAUGAGCUACAUCUGCGGAACCAGCGGAAAGGCCCAGUUCCCGCAAUGCUGUAAUAAGCUGAUUGAUUACUUCAUUACACCGGACUUUCUCCAGCAGUGUACGUGGGUUGGCUCGAUGGAACGCUCGCUCAAGUUCUACCGGAACUUUCGAAGUUUGUUCACGAGACUCGUGAUGCAGGCGGACAAAGACUUCACCGAGAUGAAGUCGGACAAGUUUUUCAAGGCACUGCUAAAGAGCAGUAAGGAGACGGACACGGAGCUUCCCGUUGUGGAGGCGAACGAGCAACGACAACCGAGUAUAAUUUCGCCCGUGACUUGCCUGCAGGAUUUGGUUGCGCUGGAAAACCAGCUGCAAGACGAAAAGGUCAUGAACGAUUACAUCAAAGAUAUGGGCUUCAUCUGCGGAACGAGCGGGAAAGCGCGCGCCCUGAAUUGCUGCUACAAACUGAUUGAUUACUUCGUCACGCGAGAAUUCCUGAUGCAAUGCUCGUGGACGGGUGCCAGCCGAACGACGGAGGACCCACUAAAUGACGAGUCCACAGAGGAGAAAAUUCCGUUCAAAUUCUACCGAAGGUUCCGCACGCUCUUCCUCCGACUAAUCCUGCAAGCCGACAAAGAUUUCUCCGAGCUUCAGUGUGACAAGUUCUUCAAAACCAUCCUGAAAAACCGGAAGCAACGCCUCCAAGCCAAAGUAGUGCCGACCAUGCCGGCGGUCAUCCCGGUGGCACAGCCAACGCUCCCACUUUCCGCAUCGCCCGAUUCCGUAAUCAAACCAGUCGCCAGCCUGGAAGAGCUGGACGCGCUAGAAAGGCAACUUCAGGACGACGCACAAAUGCGCAAGUACCUGACCGGGAUGAGCUUCAUCUGCGGCACGAGCGACAAGGCCCGCGCCGUCGACUGCUGCUACAAACUGAUUGACUAUUUCGUGACGCGGGACUUCCUCACCCAAUGCUCCUGGACGGGCAUAGCGCGAGCGUCGGACGGUAGUGAAACGACGACGGAGAAGAAAAUCCCGAUGAAAUUCUACGUGAAAUUCCGAGCGCUGUUCACCAGCUUGGUGCUGCUCGUGGACCGGGACUUUUCCGAGUUUCAGUGUGAGAAGUUCUUCAAAACCAUCCUGAAGAACGCCAAGCAACGGUUGUUUGCGAAAACGAUGACGUCCCGGCAGAAGAACAGGCCGUGCAAUCUCAAGUAUAACAAAAAGUUGAAGAAGAAGAUUCAUGAGGUUUACGUGGAAGAGCACGAGCAGGAGCCAGCUCCGGGAGGACACAGCAUCAAGAAUGAGAUCUACAUGGAGUAUGGAACCAGUUUGUUUAAUCAAAAUUAAACGGAGGAGUCGUUUGAUUUUGAAAAUGUACAAAAAGGAUUGUAAUGCAAUCAACUUUAUUAAAUCAGCUGAAAUUAUA